AUGAGGGUCGCAAAUCGAGUCUUCACAGACCGGGCAGUGUCGCAGGUGGAGGUCGCGGCGCACCUCCUGGGGUACGGCACGGAAUUUGCAAACAACGAGGCGUGGGCGUUUCUAAACGUGUCGUCCCUGUAUUGGCAAAUAUUCCGGCGAUGGCGGCACCUCCGACGCGCAGCUGGGACGGACGGCCUCGAUGAGCUGGUGGACGAGACGGUGCUCCUGGAGGAGGCCGGACAGAGGAUCUCCCUGGUGCAGGCGUACCCGCACCGCGGCGAGAUCCUGCGGGACCUGUCCUUGUACGAGUACAUGUCGGUUGUCCAGCUGAGGCGGAAGGAUAAGAACGGCGCGGUCGCCCGCGGCGGAGUGCGGCUCGACAGCGCUUGGCCGCUCUCGAGAACGUGGGCACAGUCGCUGCGAAAGCCGGGUAGGCACGCCGUUGUUUGCCUCGACGGCUAUCUAAGCAUGAACUUCGCCGAGGAAGAUGAGGUUUAUUAUAGGAGGUACGUACGUCCUCAAACCAGGGGCGGGGCGAGCACCGUACGAGGCUGA